AGGAAUAUAGGAAAUAUUUGUCAAUGUCAAGUGUGAACUGGAGAAAACAAAAUAAGAAGAAAGUGGUUGACUGGUCAGCAAUGGCUACUUCAAGUCUGUAGUAAAAGGCUACUCAUUCUCUGUUUUGCUGAGAAGAAAGAAAAUGCUACUCAUUCUCAACUCUCAAGUGAAAUACAGGGUGGAGAAAAACUAUCUUUAUAUUAUUUAAUUUAUUUCUCUCGUUUGCGAUCCUCCCUAUUUUAGUAUUUCUUUAUCACCUUCAAUUGUAAACUCCUCUUGUAAGCUCUCGAAGUGUACGAUUCUUCUCAAGAAAAUAUUGGAGUUUAAUUUUCAAGUUCCUGCAUCUAUCUUCAAAUUGAAUAUCAGAUGGUGCAAGUCUUGGGUACCGAUUUCGAGUAGUGGAGAUCUCCUAGGUUCCUACAUCUAUCUUCAAUGAGAAGGCUACUCAUUCUCAACUCUCAAGUGAAAUACAGAGUGGAGAAAACCGACUUGAUAUUAUUUCUCAUUUGCGAUCCUCCAUGCUUGUAUUUCUUUACUGUAAAGUCCUCUUGUACGUAAGCUCUUGAAGUGUGAAGAAAAUAUUCAAGUGAAAUUUUCAAGUAUCCUUGGAUUGGUAAGCUACGAGUCAAAGCAUAGCACUCUCUUUCUCUUUGAUGUGAUAUAAUUCGUAAAAGGGGCAGCCUAAAAACUUGGUGACUAGCGUAGAAGGGGAGUUUGAACUGUGAAGUUAAACAUGGAUCAGGCUGUAGUGGAACUCUUGAUUGACAAUAUCAUUUCAAUCCUUUCAAAUGAAGCAUCGUUGUUAUGGGGGGCUCGUGAUGCAAUUGAAGAUAUCAAAGAUGAGUUGAUAAGCAUGCGAUCAUUCGUAGUAGAUGCUGAUAGAAAGGGAGUAGGGAGUGAAGGAGAGAAGACUUGGGUGCCAAAUGUGAGAGACAUGGCAUUUGAUGUUGAAGACAUUAUUGAUAAGUUCAUUUAUCACAUGAAUCACCGACGAAUCGAGGGUCGAUCUUCCAGGAUCCUUCACCACACCAUUUACUUUCCAAGAAAUCUCUGGGUGAGGCAUCAAACAGCCACCAAGAUACAAAAAAUUAAUGGGGAAAUCAAAGGCAUACGAGAGAGAAACCAAAGAUAUGAUAUUAAUCAUAUAGAGGGAACUAGCUCUAAAGAUAAUCGAGAAUGGUUGGUGCAGCGUGCUGAAUUAUCUCUUUUUUUAAAAGAAGACAAACUUGUAGGGAUUGAAAAGAAAAGGCAAGUGUUAAUGAGAUGGUUAAUGGAUGGAGUAGACCAAACUGUCAUUUCGAUAGUUGGAAUGGGAGGUUCAGGCAAAACCACACUAGUUGCCAACACCUACAACAAUGGUGAUGUAAAGAAACAUUUCAAAUGUUGUGCGUGGAUCACAAUUUCUCAAGCAUAUGUAUUAGAAGAUUUAUUGAGAAGCAUGGUCAAGAGAUUUUGCAAGUCAAUGAAUGAAAUGGAUCCUACAAACUUGACUUCCAAGAAUUACAGAGAGUUAGUAGAAAUGCUAGUGGGCUAUUUAAAGGAGAAAAGGUAUCUACUUUUCUUGGACGAUGUGUGGGAUACAAGUAUCUUGAAUCAAAUAAAGUUGUCUAUUCUUGAUAAUUGUCAUAUGGGCAGAAUCAUCCUUACAACUCGAAAAGAAAAUGUAGCUAGCUUCAAUUUUGAAGUUACUAAGCACGUCUACCGUAUUCAACCAUUGGAAGAGGAUGAGGCGUGGGAUCUUUUUUGCAAGAAAGCAUUCCCGAGUAGUUCUAAUAGAUGCUAUUCCCCUGACCUUGUUUCGUUUGCUCAAGAACUUGUGAGAAGAUGUGCAGGCCUACCUCUUGCAAUAGCGGCUUUGGGAAGUCUCGUGUACUCCAAGAAUGAGUCUCAAUGGACUUAUAUUUACAAAAGCUUGAAUUGGAGUCCAGAUAACAAUCCUGAGCUAGAAGUGGUGAAAACCAUCUUGUUGCUUAGUUUCAACGAUUUGCCACAUCAACUGAAGCAUUGUUUCUUGUAUUGCUCCCUUUUACCAGAAGAUUAUGAGAUUAGAAGAAAGAGGCUCAUUAAGCUAUGGAUGGCAGAAGGAUUUGUAGAACAAGUUAAAGGGUCCACUCCAGAAGAAGUUGCAGAAAGCUAUCUAGUAGAACUCAUUUUUCGAAGCAUGCUUCAAGUUGUAAACAGGAAUGAAUUUGGAAGGCCAAAAGCAUGUAAAAUGCAUGACGUUAUGCGUGAUGUUGCUUUGCCAAUAUCAGAAAAAACAGAUUUUUGGUGUCAUACAUGAUGGAGGAGAAGCGAUGGAAAAAUGCAAAGCACGCCGCAUGUCAAUUCACAAAACGGACGCAGAACUAAAAUCGUUCAUGGGCAUGUCAAAGCUUCGAUCUUUUCUUGUUUUUAACUACUGCAAAACAUUGCCUUCCGGAAGUAAAAUGUUAAGGGUCCUGGAUUUGCAGGAUGUCCCUAUUGAUGAAUUACCUGAUGAAGUAGUCAACUUCUUUAACUUGAAGUAUUUGAAUUUAAGAGGAACUUUACUUAAGAGGCUCCCAAAUUCCAUAGGGUGGCUCCUAAAUCUUCAAACCUUGGACAUCAGGGACACAGAUAGAGGCCCUUCCUCGUGGAAUCAGGAAUUUGCAAAACUUGCGGCAUCUAAUUAUGUAUCGAUACACUUGGAAUUGGAACGAUUUCAGAUAUGUUAAUGGGACAAACGUGCCAUCAAAUAUAAGUAGACUAACGAAUUUGCAGUCAGUGCCCGCUAUUGAAUCAAAUGGUGACUUGAUGCAACAUAUUCAUGGCAUGACCCAACUUACCAGGAUCGAUAUUUCAAAUGUGAAAGAAUCAGAUGAGAUGGACUUAUGUCUCUCAAUUCAAAACAUGAAACUACUUCACUACUUGUUUAUCAUGGCAACUAAUGAGGAGGAAACUCUCCAAAUGGAUGCACUCUUAGCUCCUCCUCCAAACCUUCGAUUGCUUAUUUUGGUUGGAAAGCUAGAAAAGGCGCCACGGGGGUUUCAUUCACUUCAAAGCGUCACAUAUUUGUAUCUACAUUGGUCGAGACUGGAAGAAGAUUUACUCCUUCACAUUGCUGCUUUACCCAAUUUGGGAUUUCUUUCAGUUGUUAAUGCCUACGUUGGAAAACAACUGUGUUUAGUACAGGCUUUCCUAAGCUUACAGAGCUGUCGAUUGGUAAUUUCCCUCAGUUGAACGAGAUAAUAAUAGAAAAGGGAGUGAUGCCCAAUAUGAAACACCUAUUAAUUACCAGCUGCAUGGAGUCAAAGACAGUGCCUAAGGGUAUUGAAUAUCUUAAUCUCCAAGAACUGAUUUUGGAAUCUGCCUCAAUGGAACUUAAAAAUCGCAUCCAUAGCAUGGAUUCUUCAAAGGUGCGGCACAUCCCAAAGAUCCACUACCACUAGUAGUAUUUCAUAAUGUUUUGUGAAGAAAGCAUAUCUAAUUGCAUACCUAAUGAGAAGAUGCUAUGGGAGCCUCCGAUGGUCCAAGGCUUUCUGAAAUGCAGAAGCAAGUACUUUAGACUAUAUAGAGGGAAUUUGAAUGCAGCUUGUUCCAAAUCUGCUGAAGAUCGAUGUAAGAUUCAAUCAAUUGUGUCAGCUGAGUUCUGCGUAAUUCCAAGCAAGUAGAUUGGGAAAUUUUCCUCUACAUUGAGUACUUACUUCACCGUGGUAAGAAAUAACCUGAUCAGCUCAGGAGCCCUGAUACAAUUGGGUGGUUGUCAUUCAAAGUCAGUGUGUCUAAAAUCAUAAAUCCUAAGCCUUGAACUAAGACAUUUAUUUGAUUCCUAUUCUGUUUUGGAGCUGAAAUUUGUUUCUCAUAUUUGUUAAA